CAGUUUGUGGCUUCGUUUACAAGGGUGAGGUGCGAGUCGCGUUUUUUCGAUUAUUUUGAUUAACAAUCAGUUUAUCAAAAUGAAAUAGUGUUAAAACUUACGACGUGCUCAAAUAUGUGUCGUUCUAGUGCUUUAACAAUACAUAGUUUGUUUGAAGUGUAGUGUCCAACAUGUUUCGGUGUAUACCUUUGUUCAAAUGUAAUCGCCAAGUGGAAUGUGUAGACAAGCGGCAUUGCUCUUUGCCAAACGUACCUGAAGACAUAUUGCGAUAUUCCAGAAGCUUGGAGGAACUUUUUUUGGAUGCCAAUCACAUACGGGAUUUGCCGAAGAAUUUCUUCAGGCUACAUCGACUCAGAAGAUUAGGGCUUAGUGAUAAUGAAAUUCAUAAACUCCCACCAGAUAUUCAGAAUUUCGAAAACUUAGUUGAGCUAGAUGUAUCUCGAAAUGAUAUUCCCGACAUCCCUGAGGACAUCAAGAAGCUGCGAGCGCUUCAGAUCGCGGACUUCAGCAGCAAUCCCAUUCCUCGGCUGCCAGCGGGCUUCAGCCAGCUGCGGGCCCUCACCGUCCUCGGGCUCAAUGACAUGUCCCUCACCAGCUUGCCCAGCGACUUUGGAAGUUUGGUGUCGCUGCAGUCGUUGGAGUUGAGAGAAAAUCUUCUGAAGUCAUUGCCAGAGUCUCUGAAAAACCUUACCAAAUUAGAGAGACUGGAUUUAGGGGACAAUGAAAUAGAAGAAUUGCCGGGUUUCAUCGGUGAGCUGCCCGCUCUAGAAGAAUUAUGGUUGGAUCACAACAAACUGCAGUACUUACCACCAGAAAUAGGAAACCUAAAAGCGCUGACAUGCCUCGACGUCAGCGAGAACAAACUGGAGAAACUUCCAGAAGACAUCGGGGGACUAUCUUCAUUGACCGACCUGCACCUAUCACAAAACAUGUUAGAAACGGUACCAGACGGUAUCGGACACUUAUCCAAGUUAGCUAUAUUGAAGUUGGACCAAAAUAGAUUACAUACGUUAAAUGAUAAUGUAGGAAGGUGUACAAAUCUACAAGAGCUUAUAUUAACGGAGAAUUUUUUAAUGGAGCUGCCUAAGUCGAUUGGAAAUCUCAACGAGUUGACAGUACUGAAUGUAGAUAGGAACUCUUUGGGUGAAAUACCGGUAGAUAUUGGGAAUAUGACUUUGUUGGGAGUGCUAAGUUUAAGGGACAACAAGUUAACGAGACUACCAAACGAGCUGGGGAAUUGUAAAUCGCUGCACGUUUUAGAUGUUAGUGGAAACAGGUUACAGUACUUACCAUAUACACUAGUUAAUUUGGAAUUGAAAGCGGUGUGGUUAUCAGAAAAUCAAGCGCAACCGCUACUGACCUUCCAAACCGAUAGAGACGAAACGACCGGAGAGAAUGUUCUCACUUGCUUUCUGCUACCGCAGCUUAGUUACACUCAACAACCAGAGCUGGAUCACACAGAGGUCGGCAGUGGAAACUGGUUCAGGGAUCACAGAUUUAUGUCACAAUCGCAAGAGCUAGAUAAAAUAAGAGAAACGAUACCGCGCGACCGAGAUUCCGAUAACGAAGAUUGGGAAGAGAAGGAGGCAUCACGAACACAUUCCGUCAAAUUCACCGAAGACGUGCCAGAAACCAGAGAGACUCCGUUCGUGCGUCAAAACACGCCUCACCCGAAGGAGUUGAAGGCAAAGGCACACAAGCUACUAGGCCGGUCACCAGAGGUCGUCACGGUGCCAAACGAACCGCCUACGGCUAACGGACUCCCAUUGACGGCACCAGAACCUGCCUCUCUGCCUGUGGAGGUUGUUGAAACUGUACACAAUAAUGAAGCCCCGCCCGAAAUCGUGAAAGACGACGAUAGCGACAACCAAACGGCAGCAGACGGCAGAGAAUCCUCCGAAGGCGAGAAUGACGAGAACGACGACUCUGACGAGUUGGAGCAUGGUUCUCGGCGGGUGGCAUGGCGCACGACGGUGGAGGACCGAGACGCGGGCCCUGGAGCAGGCCGGCUGCACCGCCGCGACACGCCCCACCACUUGAAGAACAAACGCGUGAACCAGAUCGACGCGGGGCGCGCGCGCGAUCUAAUAGCGCAGGCGAUUAAAAAAAGAGAGCAGCAAGAGGAUCAGAAGACUGAUGAAGAUGAAACCGAGCCCGAAACCGUGGAGGCGGCGAUGGAAGACGUGCACGAUGGUGAAUCAGUAUCCGACCGUGCCGAGAGCGAAGCGCGAGUGGUGAGCGACCAGCGAUGCAUAGAAGUUAGGAUCGCACGCGCAGCCGGCGGUCUCGGGCUAAGCAUCGCUGGCGGUCGUGGCUCCACGCCGUACAUUGGCCAUGACGAUGGCAUCUUCAUAUCGAGGGUCACACCUGGCGGCCCGGCGUAUAUGGCUGGUCUUAGGGUGGGCGACAAAGUACUGUCAGUGAACGGUACGUCUGUCGUUGAGGUGGACCAUUACUAUGCUGUGGAAGUCCUAAAAGCUAGUGGACAAACGUUGACGCUUGUCGUCACCAGGGAUUCACCUAAUUCCACCAGGACACACAGCAGAGCGCCUAGUGGGGCGAGCCACCAUUCCGUAUCGAGCACUACUGACACAGUUUCCACUUUAGAGAAUGGACAGAUCCCAACCGGCCGUGGCAUUCCAUCCAAACCGCUGAUCAUCGGCAACCAGUACGCCCAAGAGUUCGAGCCAGAGUACAAGGAGCCGGUGAAACUGCACAAUAAUCAGGCGCUUGUGGUGGUCACGCCAGCUGUGAACUUCAGUCCCUCGCCCACGGGACAGGCCGACUACCAGCGACUGCAGGCCUCCCCGCCGCCGCCGUCCACGGCACCGUACAUUCCGCCUGUAUACCAACAAAAAGUCCUAGUCCACACGACGCUGAUCCGCGACGGAGCCGGGCUCGGGUUCAGCAUAGCGGGCGGGAAGGGCUCCCCUGCGUACCGGGACGACAGCGACGCCAUCUACAUCUCGCGCAUCUCGCCGCAGGGCGCCGCCGCCAAGGACGGCAAGAUGAUGGUCGGCGACAAGGUGGCGUCGAUCAACGGCGUAGACAUGGAGAAUGGGCGUCACGAGACGGCUGUGUCGCUGCUUACAGGACACGAGCGCUUUGUGCGACUCGUGUUACAGCGAACCAUCACCUCCGAACACGGCGAAACGCCCCCGCGCAAGUCGACGUCAGACGAAGUGAGAGAACACAAGACGAGCCUGCAGAAUGUGAACAAAUCACCGUCACCGAUACCGACACAGAUAAUACAGCCGCCGGCACCGAAGCCCACCAAUCACGUUAGCGCAAUAGUCGGCAAUCACACCUCGCACCCUGCACCGCGCGUGUCCACGCAUGUCGCACCGCCCGCGUCGCAGCUCGCACCGCAGCUCGCACCACAGCUCGCACCACAGCCCGCACCGCAGCCGGUGAAGCAAGCGCCGCCCGCGCCGGUCCCGCCGCAACCCGCACCGAGGCGGCUGAGUCAAACGAAUGGACAGGGCCCCAAGUCGACAACUAACAGUGCGAGCACGCCCUUAACCCCCGGCGCUCCUAACACCCACGGCUCUACAGACGACGUGUUCGAAGACAUCCAGCCGUCGCGGCCGAUCACGAACGAGGAGUUCCAAGCGAUGAUCCCGGCUCACUUCCUCGGCGGGCCGCGGCCGGUGUCCGAGCCGCCGGAAAAAGGCGUGCGCGUCACCGUCGAGAGGCCCACCGCCGGAAUCGUGAUGCCGCCGCCGCCGUCCGCCCUCGGACGUGUCACGGAGACGAUCACCAAGUCGACGUUCACGGAGACCACGGUCACGAGGAUCACGGACAACCAGCUCGUCGCGCCGCUCAUCAUCGAAGAUGUGACUUUAGUCAAAGAUGGCGGAUCUCUCGGUUUUAGCAUCAUCGGAGGAACAGAUCAUUCGUGCAUUCCAUUCGGAGGCAAAGAACCCGGAAUAUUUGUGUCCCAUGUGGUACCCGGCGGCGUGGCGGCUCGCUCCGGCAAGCUUCGCAUGGGCGACCGCAUCCUCAAAGUCAACGGUCACGAACUGACCGGCGUCACGCAUCGUGAGGCGGUCCAGUUGCUGCUACAGCCUGGCCCUACACUAGGCCUUACUGUCCGCCACGACCCACUGCCUCAAGGAUACCAGGACUUAACGAUUAUAAAGCAAGAAGGCGAAAAACUUGGCAUGCACAUAAAAGGAGGACUGAACGGCCAGCGUGGCAACCCUAACGAUCCUAACGAUGAAGGAGUCUUCAUAUCGAAAAUAAACAGUGGUGGAGCUGCAAGGAGAGAUGGCAGACUAAAGGUUGGCAUGCGUCUAUUGGAAGUGAACGGCGUUUCACUGCUAGGCGCGACGCACAACGAGGCGGUGAACGCUUUGAGACAAGCCACCAACGCGCCUCUACACCUUGUGGUCUGCUACGGGUAUACGCGCCCAGAGAAGUAUACCACCGGUAGCGAGAGCGGGACAGCGGACACCGGCGGCUCUCUGUCUCACUCAACGUCGAGCCUGGAUCGAGAUGAGUCGUUGCACCAUCAUCAACAGGAGCAACACUUCCAACAGGAUUUAGUUGAGUUUGAACAUGAGAAACAAGUCGCAGAAGUAAGGGAGAAGUCUACUCCUGAAAAGGUGCUAGAUAUAGUCCACGCCGUGGAAAGCAUGGCCCUAGAGCCGGCGCCGCCCACGUCGCCGGAGCCCCACCACAAGACGACCACCGUCGUCAUGUCCAAACACACCCUCCAACCUCAGUCGUCUAGUUCGCAAGCGGCUCCCCCCUCGCCGCUCGCGGUGUUCACUCAGCAGAAGGUGAAGACGCCGCCCCCCCACACCCCGCCUCCCCCGGAAGACGCCGGCACGCCCGUCGACCCGCCCCGCGCGCCGCCGUCCCGCCCCACGCUGCCGCCGCCGCCUCCCCCGGCCAAACAGAAACCAAAAGUGCCACGAAAGCCACAGACGAAGCGAGUUAGUUUCAUCCAGGAACAAGACCGCGAACCCGAACACUCGUUGUCGACGAACGAACCGAAAACGAACCCUCGAAUGUUGCAUGAAACGCAUGAGGAAACAAGAGAACCCGUAAUCGACACUAACGAUGCAUGCGCGGGUGUUAGCUCUUUACUAAUCCGAAACCGCCCGCCGAUAGCCGAGCCGGAACUCUCGAAACCCGUCCCCCGAGCGAAUCUCGUUCUUCCCGACGAUCACAUCAUCCCCCCACCGCCUUUCUUUGAUACGGACGUAAGUGACACUAGUUAUAACGACGAUUUGUUAAUGCCACCUAUUACGAUAGUCCCUCAAAAAUUGAUUCUCCCCGAGCCCGUCGUAGCGGAAACAUCCAUGCAGUCUUCUACUACGACGAAUUCGCCAGAAAGCGAAGUACCCCCGCCGGUCAAUUAUUUCGCUUACCCAGAUCCGCAACCGAUCAUAGACGACCGUGCUCGAACAGCCAUUAUUGCAGAAGUGCCAUCGCAACAAGUCUUCCGUGCGUUUGAAUAUCCUUCUCUCAACAGUGAAGAUUAUUAUAAUGAAUUAUCUGUCAGUCCCGGCGGAGAACCAGACCCGCCUGAACUUUUGCAUGUCCAAUAUAAAACUCUUCCGAUAGUUUCACACGUCCCUCACAGUCCUUGCAAUUUGCACCCCGACAGAUCUUACUACGACGAUGGGCCAGGUCCAACUCCCAUUCACAACUCGUUAAAAGAUUUGAGAGUCAAAAAUAUGUCACCUGGUAUGGUUCACUCGACUACAUAUCCGCCCAUUCAGCCCUUCAAUCCAUAUCCAUCUCUAACUACGGUUGCGGGGACAUACAACCCAUACACCUGCACUGUCCCCAUCAGCACAACUGAGAAUAGCAGAAGUCAUAAAGCGCAAGUGUCCCCCUCUCUCGCCAGUGCGAGAAGGGAUAUAAACGCAAACGUCACUGAGGCCGUCCCGUUGUACGCGGGCGACGUGUGCAAAAUUGGUCCGCCAGAAAGAAGAGUCCGUUUCGGCGACGUGACGACUGCGCACGACGAUGACGCAAUGUCGCAUAGUUCGGACCUCCCGAGGGAAGGCAGUUCCUCGCCCGCAUCCGCCCAGAAACCCGCAUGGAGCAGCAAAAUCAAAGCCUUCGCCAUCGGCGAGGUAAACAUCAAUGCUUCCCCGCCUCAUUCGGCAAAUUUUGUGAAGGCGUCUGUCAGCGAUAAGAAAAAAUUCUUUGAAAAUGCAAUGGAAGAAAGUCACAAGCCAUCGCCAAAACCAGAACGAGUAUUCACAUUCCUGUCAGCGGAUGAGGUGGAGAAAUUGAAGCAAGAAGAGGAGAGGAAGAUGGCCACAUUGUCACGUGCGGAGCUCCGCUCGUGGUCCCCGGGGGAGGACCGCCAGAGCGGAGACAGCUCGCACUCCGACGACGAGCCCUACGAGAAUGGCCAUAGGUAACUAUGACUUACUAACCCUUAGCUU